CUUAGCGAUCAGCUUCUUGACAUUGCUCUCUCUCUUAAUCCGAACGAGACUCCCCACGCCGCGCACGCCGACGGUGACUGACUCGCUACUAGGCGUCUAGGCGUCCGAGCUCGCCUCGCUUCCGAUACCCCAAAUCCGCAUACCUGGCUCAUCAGUCAGCCGCCACCUUCCUUUCACCUCUCAGCCAUGUCCCACCCCGCGCCGCGGGGCAUGCCCAUUUUGUCGGGGCCGCCUCCCCAAGUCGAGUCGUCUUCGUGUCGCCAGUGCUCGCGCGACUUUAGCUUCUUCCGCCGCGGCCGCGCCUGCGGUCACUGCGGGUAUGAGUACUGCAGCUCAUGUCUGUCGGACGGACAGGCGCUGAUGCCGCGUCGCGCGGUGCCGCGCCCGACUGGGCCGCUCGCCGAGCUGCGCGAGGCGUUCCGCGGCUCCGAGCCUUCGACCUCGGGAUACGACCCCGAGCCUGUGUGCGUGCACUGCCUCGCGAUGCUGCAGGUUACGGCUGCGCCGCUCGACAUGCUCCGCGCCCUCCCGCUCAAGCGUCUGAAGGAGUACCUUGCGGCGUACAAUAUCCCGACGAGCGGGAUCAUCGAGAAGGAAGGACUCGUUGAGGCUGUCGUGCGCGCCCGCAACCCGCACACGGGCACGCUGCGUCCCGAAAAUGAGAGCUUCUACCGCCGUCGCUCGGUGCCCCGGAACGGGCGGCCAGCGGCAGCGUCUGCGUCCGCGCCACGCACGCCGCCACAUACUCGCACCCCGCCUCGGCCAGCUACGCGCCCGCAGGCGCGUCCUCCCCCCCAGCCUCAAGCUCAGACGCAGCCUCAGGCCCAAACCCGGUCCCAGCCCAAGCCCCAACCUAAGCCUCAGGCACCCCCGCCCGUCCCGACGAUCAUGUCGCUGGUCGCCUUGCCCCGCUCGUACCUCGCAACACUGAGUAUUGGAACACUCAAGGCGAUCCUGUACGAGAACCACGUGCGCGUCGACUUCAAGCAGGUGCUGGAGAAGGAGGAACUGAUCGGGCGCGUGGCGGAGCUGGUGGCGGACGAGCGGCGGCGGUUGGAGCGGCAGGCUCGGGAGGAGGAGCAGGAAGCUGCGGCGGGUGCGCCGCCUCCGCCUCGCGAGACUGAGGCGGGAGGCGGCGAGGAAGGACUAGAGAAUGGAGGGGAGCGGGGAGCAAGCGCCGAAAGAGAGAAGACCAAGUCACCCCCGACCGGGCCCGCGCCGGAUAUUGAGCGCGGGCUCUGCGUCGUUUGCCAGGAUGAGGAGGCGACGCUUGCUGUCGUCGACUGCGGCCAUCUCGCUAUGUGUGCUCACUGCUCUGACCUCAUCAUGGCUACCAGCAAGGAAUGCCCGAUGUGCCGUACGCGCAUCAUCACGGCCCAGCGCCUCAUUCGCAUCUACCGUGUUUAGAGACAUAUACCCUAGACAAACGACCGUUGUACCUUUAAUGACAUGCACUGUGACACACGGCAGAAAAGAGCUGCAUGGAUCUAGGCGACUAUAUGGAACAACAGUGUACAGUACGGGCGACAGUAAAC